AUGUCUGUGUCCAUAUCUCAGCUGACGUUUGAGCAUCACCGCGAGGCCAUCGGGAUUGCGGAGGCAUCACCUCGCAUCUCAUGGCGCUUCGACGGCAACGUUUCCGACUGGGAGCAGAGCGCUUUCGACAUUGAAGUGGGUCGAAACGUCCAAGGAACCCGUCAGUUUUCCGACUUUUACUCCUUCAACUCGUCCCAAUCUCUUUUCGUCAACUGGCCCGCCGAGCCGCUCAAAAGCGCCGAGCAGGUUUCGGUCAGGGCUCGAGCGCACGGGAAGGAUGGACAGCAGUCCACACCCUGGUCCGACUGGGUGACUGUCGAAACGGGCUUGCUGUCUGGGAAAGAUUGGCAAGGCGCAGUUCCAAUUGCCGCAGACCUUCCCCUCGACACGAAUCGUGUCAAACGACCCGUUUACUUUCGCCAAGAUUUUUCCGUCAAAGAUAAAAUCCAAUCUGCGCGACUGUAUAUCACCAGUCUGGGCAUUUACGAAGCCGAGAUCAACGGGAAGCGGGUCGGGAACCACGUCCUUGCUCCUGGUUGGCAAUCUUACGACCAUCGUCAGGUAUAUGACACGUACGACGUAACCGACAUGAUCAAGGAGGGUGACAACGCCAUUGGGGCUGUGGUCGGUGAGGGCUGGUUUUCUGGUAUAAUUGGUGGACUGUAUCCCGAUUAUCCAACCUAUGUGCCGAAUAACAACUGGGGAGAUACGAUUGGACUUUACGCACUCCUCGUCGUCACCAAGGAGGACAACUCCACCAUCGUCGUGCCCACAAAUCAGACCUGGAAGGCAAACCAUGGUCCGAUACUUGCCUCUGGAAUUUAUGCAGGAGAGACGUACGACUCGAGGCUUGAGGAAGAAAUGCAGGGCUGGUCCAGCCCUUCUUUCAACAAGACCUGGCUCGCGACCAAGCAACUCUCCGCCCUCAAGGGCCAGCUCACGCCUCCAGACGGCCCUCCUUUGCGCAAACUCGAGGAGCGAAAAGUUGUUUCUGUUUUCAAAUCACCCUCGGGCAAGACCCUAGUUGACUUUGGUCAAAACCUCGUCGGCUGGUUACGCAUCAACGUCGAAGGGCCAAGUGGGACAAGCAUCGUUAUAAAGCACGCAGAGGUGUUGGACCAAGGCGAACUCGGCACUCGGCCGCUCCGCACCGCAAACGCCACCGACACCUUUACCCUCAACGGUAAAGGUUCGCAGACGUGGGAGCCUCGAUUUACGUACCAUGGCUUUCGAUAUGUGCAGGUUGAGAAUUGGCCGGGGGACCAGCUAUCCAUCGCCGAUUCUCUCACCGCCGUGGUGGUGCACAGCGAUAUGGAACGUACGGGGUGGUUUGAAUGUUCGGACUCACUGCUCAGCAAGUUUCACGAAAACGUCGUAUGGUCCAUGAAAGGUAAUUUCUUCUCCUUGCCGACCGAUUGCCCCCAGCGGGACGAAAGGGAGGGCUGGACGGGAGACGUCCACGCGUUCGGCCCGACCGCCAAUUACCUCUACAACACGGCCGGCUUUUUCCGUGGCUGGCACACAGACAUUUGGUCCGAGAUGUCGGUCGGCGAUACCAUGACGGUAGGGCACUUUAUCCCCAACGCGCCCACCGUCGUCCCAGUUGCUGUCGGCGGCGGGGCAGCUUUCUGGUCUGACGUGGUCGUCGGCAACCCCUGGAAUCUGUACCGCUUCUUCGGCGACGCUGGCAUGCUCGAGGAGCACCUGCCGCAGGCGAGCGGUUGGAUCGACAAGGGCCUCCCCCGCAACGAGGUCGGCCUUUGGAACCGGAGCAAUUACCAGUUUGGAGACUGGCUGGAUCCCGCAUCGCCGCCCGACGACCCUUCGGCCGCAACCACCUCCAAACACCUCGUCGCGGAUGCUUACCUCGUCCGCAUGACGGAGCUGCUGGCCAACAUCUCCACCGCGCUCGGCGACACUGCACAGGCGGACCAAUACCGCAGCCAGCACGCUUCUCUCAUCGGCGAGUUUCAAAAGGCCUGGAUGACCGAAGACGGCGUAUUAGCAAACCAAACGCAAACGGCCUACGCGCUUUCCCUCUACUUUGGUUUAUACACCGACCCGGCCAAGCGCGACGCCGCCGCCUCGACCCUCCGAUCCAUCGUCGCGGACAAUAACUACCUCGUCGGGACGGGCUUCGCAGGAACGCCGGUUAUCGGUUCGGCCCUCCGCAGCGUCGGAGCCACCGACGAUUUCUACCGUAUGCUUCUCCAGACCCAGGUCCCGUCGUGGUUGUACCAGGUGGUCAUGAACGGCACCACGACGUGGGAGCGCUGGGACAGCAUGCUACCAAACGGCACCAUCAACUCGGGGAGCAUGACGAGCUUCAACCACUACUCCUUCGGGUCGGUGGCGGACUGGGUCCACCAGACGGUGGGAGGGCUGCAGCCCGCAGAGCCAGGCUGGAAGAAGAUUACGGUGGCGCCCGUGCCUGGAGGGGGGAUCACGCACGCGGAUACGAAAUUUUUGAGUGGGUAUGGUGAGGUGAGGUGUAAGUGGUCGAUAAAAGGAGCACAGCUGUUGGUGGAGGUGUGGGUUCCGCCCAACUCGAGAGCAGAGAUUAUCCUUCCAAAAAGCGGAGAGGUGAAGGAGGUUGGCUCGGGAUAUCAUGCAUUGUAUGAGGAUGGAUAUUAA